GUGCCCUCGCUCGCUCUCUGUAUUUUAAUGCCCUCCAGUCAGGUUUUCUCCGAUGACUCGCGCGAACCCCGGAAGAAAGAAUGACGAAUACGAGCAAUCAGUACACAGCGUCUGACAAAUCCGCUCCUGUUCAGACCCUGGCGGACUCAUCUUCCUCCGCUCUCUGUUUCUGUCUCGCCUAACAAAAACACUGGAGUGAAAAAUGAAUGAAUUUAACCGGCAAAGUCUCAGUAAAAACACGGUUGUCUUGGUGCUUGUGAUGAGCGCCGCUUGCUGCUGUCAAGCGUUCAACUUGGAUGUGAGGUCUCCAUGCGUCAAAGAGGGAAAAACAGCUGGCAGUUUUUUUGGACUUUCUGUUGCACUACACGAGCAGGUUGUAGGAGAGAAAAGACACCUACUUCUUGUAGGAGCACCGAAGGAGAUAGCAGAGUCGGGAGUGUCAGCCAAUGAGACUGGAGAUGUAUAUGCCUGUCCAAUCACUGCAGACCGCAAAGACUGCAAAAGACUGAACCUUCUCACCUCAAAUUCUGAAGACAUAGCAUACCAUAAAAAUGAUGUGAUGGAUGGGAUGUGGCUAGGUGUGUCGUUAGCCAGUCAGAGUCAACCAGGGGGCCGUGUACUGGCCUGUGGCCAUCGUUUUAUCCGAAACUUUUCAACCAACUUUCGGAUGAUUGGGAAGUGCUAUGUUCGUGGAAAUGAUUUACAGUAUAACACAGCAGACUCUCAAUGGCAGUCAUACAAUGAGGUGUGUAACCCCAGUGAUAAUCAGAAUAGUGAAGGCAUGUGUCUUGCUGGGAUGUCUGCUGCCAUCACUCAGACGGAGAUCUUCCUGGGCGCACCUGGAUGCUUUAACUGGCAAGGAAACACAUUUUCACUGUGGUAUAAACCUGAAGAUAAGUUUGAGCCCAUGAAGAGCAAGCUUCCGAACUCAAAUAGAGGGAAUAUUUACAUUGGUUACUCUAUAGCUGUGGCUCAAGAUGUGUUGAGCAAAGACAAAGACACAGUAGUAACAGGAGCUCCAAGAGAUGAAGCCAAAGGAUCUGUGACGAUGGCAGAAGUUUAUAAAGCUGGUAUUGAUGGAGAAGUCAAAAUAAAAGACACUAUCAUGGGGGAACAAGUUGGAUCCUAUUUUGGCAGCAGCGUUGCUAUUGUUGACCUUAACAAUGAUGGUUGGAAGGAUCUGAUUGUUGGAGCCCCUUUCUAUUUCGACCGGAGAAAUGGUACAGGCGGGGCGGUGUAUGUCUAUAUGAACCAGAACGGUUCUUUCCGUAAAAACGCCAGCAUGGUGCUCACUGGGCCUAAGGACUCAGCUUUUGGCAUAGCUGUUGUUGCUAUUGGUGAUGUUAACCAGGAUGGCUUUCAAGAUUUUGCUGUUGGUGCUCCAUAUUAUAGUACAGGCAGUGUAUCGAUAUGGAUGGGCAACAAAAUGGGUAUAGACCAAAAGCCUAGUCAGGUCAUUUAUGGAAAAGACAUCCCAGGUGGUGGAUUCCAGACGUUUGGCUAUUCCAUCACUGGUGGCUUGGAUGUGGACAAGAACAGUUACCCAGACAUAGCAGUUGGAUCAUUAGAUGACCGCGUGGUCUUGCUAAGAGCACGUCCUGUGAUUCACCUAAAGAAUUAUUUCAAUGUGACACCGGAGGUUAUCGACCCAGACAACUGUAUUGAAUGUAUUGAAGCAAAAGUCUGUUUGUCCUACACAUUCAGCACUGGCAGUGCCAGUUCCCAGAAGAGUAUUACUUUUCAAUAUACGGUGGAAGCCGAUCAGCAAUCGUCUCGGAGCCCUCGUGUUCGUUUCCUUAACGAUGAUGCCAAAUACACUGACAAAAUGUCUGUUAAUCCAUCUGGAGAUUGUCGUUCUCUGAAACUCAAGCUAAUGACGAUCCAAAACAAGGUUGCUCCGAUAGUUUUCUUGCUGAGCGUGUCUUUGGUGGAGCCUGUUCCCUCAAGCGGGCAGACAUUGGAAGACCUCAGUGCCUUUCCUGUGAUCAGCCAAAAAGACGCUCAGACUAAAAGAACUGAGAUUCACAUUCAGAAAGCCUGUGGAACAGAUAACAAAUGUGAGAGCAACCUUCAGAUGACGGCUGAAUUCACAGAUGAGCAGAACAUGCCGUUUGCCACGCAGAAUGGCCAGCAGUUUUUCAGCUACUCUACUAAAGUAAAGAAGCUGAAGUUGAUGGUGAAUGUGUCCAAUGUUCCAUCACAGGACAGGAAAGCAGAAGAUGCUUACAGUGCUUCUCUUAAUGUCACCUUUCCCCCCUCGCUCAGCUUCUCCAGCCAAAACUCCAAGAACAUCAACUUGCAAUGUGAAUCGUCUACUGGGGUGCUUCUGUGUACACUGGGGGACCCCUUCAAAAGCAAUCAGAGGGUGGAGAUUGAGAUCACCUUUGAAACGUCAGGAAUCACAUUAGACAUGCAGGAGAUUCAGACUCAACUGCAGCUCUCAACGUCGAGCGAUCAGAAUGAUCUACAGCCCCUGUUGAGAGUACUGAUGGUGGAUUAUGAGCUACAUCCCUUCUUUAAUAUCCUUCCAUCCGAUUUUAGGACAGAAUUCAGUGGAAAAGUAAUAGGAGAAUCAGCCAUGAAAAGUACCAGUGACAUAGGAAGCCCAGUGGAAUUCAACUUGACGGUGGUUCUUCCUGGAGAACCUCUGGGAAAUCGGGGGUAUCUGGAAGUGGUCUUUCAGUGGCCUUCUUCUGUGGCUAAUAAGAAGUGGCUGCUUUAUCUGUCAGAGAUUCAGAUGACAGGAACCUCCAAGCCAUUCUGUGUCCCUGAAAAUAACAUCAUAAACCCCCUUAAUCUCAAUGUGUCGGAGCGCAAGACUAGAAGGAGGAAAAGAGACGAGGCCUCCUCAGAGUCUGAACAGACCCCCUCAAAGCCGCGGGCCGUCCAGAGGAAACCUCCUGCCAACCUGGACUGUGACACAGGUAGUGCCCUCUGUCAGACAUUCACCUGCCCCUUGCUUGGGAUGGACAAGUCGGCCAAUCUCACUGUCAGAGCACGCUUAUGGAACAGCACGAUGCUUGAGGACUACAAUGCUGCAAGAGUACUGGUGUAUGGUAGAGCCACACUGAGUCUAAAAACAGACAGACCAAGCAUCAAGAUGAGCAAUAACACCCGUGAGUUUACAGUAACUAUAGACCCUGCAGAGGCAGCAGAUCUUAUGAAGUAUGAAGCGCCUCUGUGGAUAAUCAUUGUGUCUGCGUUGGCAGGAGUGAUUCUGCUGGGUCUGAUUGUCAUUUUACUGUGGAAGAGUGGCUUUUUUAAGCGGGCUGCCUACUUUCGAACUAUGCCAAAAUACCAAGGCGUGAAGAUUUGUAAGAAGGAAAAGUACAAGGUAAACCAGGGCUUUUUAAUUGUGGACACCACAAAAAAUAAGAAACACUGGAUCACAAGCUGGACUGAAAAGACACAGUACUACUGAUGAAAGCACUCUUACAUUGCCUCUUUUAGACAGUGGAAUGGACUUUACCUGAACUCUACCUGAUUUGAUUGGAACAACUUCAAGAUUUCAGAUAUAAUUGAAAAUGUUCAUUCAAAACUGUCAAACAUGAACUUAUUAUACCGAACACUCUGUGUGAGAUUACAUACUGUAUUGGUGUUUAUUUUGGUUACAGUUUUUCAACAGAAUACAUGUAUUAUGUAUGCUGACGGGCUCAACAAUAAGGAUUUUUCCUGCUGGCUCAGUAGUUCAGAUUUGUGCUUGGCCUGCCAACAUUUUCACUGUCACCCACCACAAAGGAAUGAUCCAUUUUUAUAUUUAUGCCCUUGAAAAUGAAGAUUCUUCACUGGAAUCUUUGGUUCCAUGAAGAACCUUUAACAUCCAUGGAAUCUUUCCAAUGCACAAAGGAUUCUUUAUAGAGGAAGAAUGUUAUUUAGAUUUUUAAAAGUUCUUCACACUAGGAAAAAAAAAGUUACUUUAAGAAUUUUCUACUGAAAGUUUCUCUGGGGAACCCAAAUAGUUCUUAUUUGGAAUCAGAGCAAAAAAUGCUAUAGUAACCUUUAACUUUAAGAUAAUAGCAAUGUGUUUUUACUGUAUUUUUUACUUGUAUAUUUGCUAUAAUUUUUUUUUCAUUAAAUGUUACAGUUUUAAAAUUCUUUUAUUAUGAUUGCAAGAAAACAACAUGCAACAAGCUGUAAAUUAUACAGCUAAAAUGAACUGUAAUUCAUUUCUGCUGAAAAACAGUGGCUUACACUGACAAAACAAACAAACAAUUUUCACUUAGAAAAUGAAAUGGCAAGUAACAAACUGAAUUAAACAUGAAUUUUUAAAGUAGAAAGACUAAAAUAUUAUUUUUAAGGUGUACUCCAGUAAUCUUUAUUUUAAAAAAUUUUUUACAACUUCGAAAAAUAUUUUUUACAGUGUACAGUGCAAAACAUAUUGGUAUGGAGUUUUCAGCGCGUUUUAAUUCUGUCAAGUCUUUUUGUUUUCAAAUUUAACCAAACCUUAUAUUUGUAACCAACAAGAUGAAUACAGCCGAACGCUUAAGUGUGAAAAGCAUAAAAAUGGAUGUACAAAAUCAAUGAUUUCUGAAUUUGAAAUCAGUGUAAAAAUGUCAUUCAGUGGGUCUUCCUUGUUGUUGAGCUCUGUGUUAUGUUUGAUUUUCAUUCUUUCGCAUUUGUCUGUGUGAGGACUUGUAUGUUAUGUGCCCUGUAACUGAAAAUAGCACUGUAUUUUUUCCAAUAAUUCUAAAAUAAGUUGCCCAGUCAUGACUCACUAUCCCUCUCAUCCGGUUCUUGCUUUAUAUAUUUUUAUCUUGCAUCAGGUCACGUUCAUACGAAACACUGAUGGAUUUCAGAGAAAAAAGACUCAGCAUAUGAACGUGAAUCAUUCAGUACAGAACAGCAAACAGACAUACACACAAAUACUCGUCGCCUAUGCAAUUGGGACAGUACCUAAUUUCAAAUUCAGCCUUUUUUAGCCCCACUCUGAGGUGCUGUGGUGUGUGAGGAGGUGAACAUAGAUGUGUGUUUCAUGCCCUGAUUGUUGUUCAUUUUACAGUCAAGUUCUAGAUCUUUGAGGGGGAUUAUGUCCGUUUUAAAUUUUACUAUUAAAUUUGUCUAAAAGUGUCCAGUACCUGUCAUGAUUUUGUGGAUAUGUUUCUACUCCAGUGAUUUAUAUUUGUAUUUAUAAUAUUUUAUAAAUUAUGUGGAUGUUGUUUACAUGUCUAACAUAAACGUUCAUUUGGUGAAAAUAAGUCCUGUGCUCACGUGUCAACAGACCUGUAAAUCUACGCAGCUAAAGGCUGUGUGCAUUAAUUAGCUCUCAUAGCUGCCUUAGUAGACUAAAUAAAUAAAUAAAUAAAGUGAUGGCUUAA